GAACUGUGUCGAAAGUUUUGCUCAACCAAUUCUAUAUAAGUUUCCGUUUUUAUUUCCGAGUUUGCGCAUCUCUGCAUCUAUCUGCAUACAUAUAGGCUUGCUUGUAUGUACAGCUAUUGACCCAGUACUACUCUUUUGAGUUUUGGCAUAUAAUAUACAGAGAGAGAGACACCAAGUGAUAUUGAUCAUUUGAUUUGAAUGGGAGGAAUGGAGGAGCACAAGCCUGUAAUGGCCAUGAUUGGGAUUCAGUUUGCCUAUGCAGGGCUUGCUCUCUUCACUAGAAUUGCCCUUCUGCAGGGAAUGAGUCCCAGAGUGUUUGUUGUCUACAGGCAAGCCAUGGCCACCAUCAUCCUUGCCCCCACUGCUUAUAUUUCAAGAAGCAGGAGAAAGCCCAGCAGGUGUUCUUUGGGACUAAGAAGUUUUUCUCUGAUAUUUCUGGCCUCUCUCAUUGGUGUAACCAUAAAUCAGAAUAUCUACUUUGAGGGUCUGUACUUAGCCUCAUCAUCGACAGCAAGCGCAAUGGCCAACCUAAUCCCUGCUAUCACCUUUGUAAUGGCAUCCUUUGCUGGCAUGGAGAAAAUAAGCAUGGAAAGCCUGAGAAGUAUGGCCAAGAUAUUAGGGACUGUGUUAUGCGUGAGCGGAGCUAUUUCCAUGGCACUGCUCAGAGGACCAAAGCUACUCAACAUGGAGGUUAUACACAAAACCUCAGCAUUUGGAUUGGGAGGUGAGAAUUGGUUGCUGGGUUGUCUAUUUCUCUUUGGAAGCGCUUGCUGCUGGUCAUUUUGGCUCAUUUUGCAGGUUCCCAUUUCGGAAUGUUAUCCCGAUAGCCUUUCGUUUUCAGCCUGGAUGUGUUCCUUCUCUACAAUACUAUCGGGAAUAGUUACAUUGUUCUUCGACCAAGACCUGGAGGCAUGGAUUCUGCAUUCAAAUGUUGAAAUUGCAUGCUGUUUGUAUGCAGGGAUUAUAGGGUCUGGGAUCUGCUUCUUUGUUCAAGCCUGGUGCAUUUCCAAAAGGGGUCCCGUAUACUCUGCGAUGUUCAAUCCUCUAUGCACGGUUAUUGUGACCACCAUCGCUUCUAUAUUCCUGCACGAGGAGAUAUACACUGGAGGUUUGGCAGGUGCAUUUGCUGUGAUUAUCGGUUUGUAUGUUGUGCUAUGGGGUAAAGCAAGAGACCUUGACGAGAUCAAGGGGCAGAAGGAUCCGAAGCUACGAAAUGAUCAGAGUGGGAUGGUGAAAGUGUCGAUGGAUGAAUACUUGGACAAGAUUAACUGUAAAAGCGAUUUGGAGCAGCCUUUUUUGUCUGAUAAAUCAACCAAAGUUGAUUUAUGUUAGAUGACAUGGAAACCACAAAUGCGUUUCACAAUUUCACUUAGUUUUGAUUAGAAUGGAAUAGGAUUUUGUGUCCUGUCCCAAUUAUCCUGUUCUAGUUUAUGUUGUACUCAUUUUGGGUUGGACCAAUUUUGUAAGAUAAUGAGAUUCCUUCUCUUUCCCAGAACUUCUUCAGUAGAUCAACAGAAGGUUCAGCUCUCAAGAUUUUCAAGUUGUUCAAAAAAAUUCUACCCGCCCAGUAUGUUCUGUCUGUAUUAUUCUGUUCUAGUUUACAUUAUGCUUCUUCUGGGUUGUUGCAAUUGUGUGAGAUCCUAAAAUUCCUUCUAUUUCCUUGAAUUUGUUCAGUAGUUGAAUAGAAAAUCAGCUCACAAGGUUCUCAAGCCA